AUGAAGCAUAUGGAGCCUCAAGUCAAACAAGUUUUACAAAGUCCACCAAAAUCUGCCUUCAGUGUUGGCUACAACAAAGGUGGGUUUGAACCCAAAAUGACAGAACAGGAAGCAGCAUUAAUACUAGGUCCCUGCUGCCAACAAAUGAAAAAUAGAUUCACAUUGAUGAAUUACACUUUUAAAUCAGCAAGACAGAGAGGAUCUCCUUAUAAAACAGACAAAACCCAUGAAGCUAAAGAUUUAGUAGGUCAAGCUAAAAACAUGAAGUAA